ACACACACGCCAAUCAAAAACCAUUCGCCUCUUUUGCCACGCCGAUUUGAAAAAAAAAAAUGUUUCUUUCUUUUUCUUCUAACACGCUUGGCUUGACCCAAUACCAAGACUCCUCCACAAAAUGGUAGCAGCUACGGCUCUUCUCCACAAACCUACCUUCACACCCUCCCUCUCUUAUCCUUCUAACCCCCGCACCUUCACCCCCACUUUGCUUCUCCGGCUUCCUGCUUCAAGCUUUGGUUUCUUUGGUGGGGUUGUUUCCAAGAAACGCGUUUCAAAGACCUCCAUGACUGAGCUGGUCAAGACUUACGCGUUUAGGGAUGGUGAUGGUGAGAAAAGUGUCAAAAUGCUUCAACAAGAAGCUUUAGUGAAGGAACCCUCCGGUUUUCCUUCUCAAUUCACGCCUGAGGGAUUGGAACGCACUCUCAAUCGUCUGAGCAAGUGGUUUGUAUCUUUCUUGUUUGGUGCUGUGAUUCUUUGGAGGCAUGAUGCUGAGUCGAUGUGGAUUGCUAUGGGGUCUGUAUUAAAUGCUCUCCUUUCAGUAACUCUCAAACGGAUAUUCAACCAAGAGAGGCCUUUUCCGUCAGCAAAUUCUGAACCUGGAAUGCCAUCUUCACAUGCACAAUCCAUCUUCUACACUGUUGUGUUUUCCAUUCUUUCAGAAUUACAGAUUAAGAGAAAUUUGCAUCAUAUGAUGACCAAACUUUUACCUCCUGGAAGAAAAACAAUCAUCUCCAAAAGAGGAACCAUAUUUCAAGAUAUUCAUAAGUCGCCUGGUGUCUUUUGCCCUUCACCUCUUCACAUUUCUAAUUCUAGUAAAUACCAUGAAUUUGACAAAGCUUGUGGCUGUUGAGCAGUAACAUUCACAGUUGAGGAUCGCUCACUCAAGAUUAUCUCAUCAUCAUCUCAAAAUUAUCUAUUAUCCUAGUUAGGAGUUGCCAAAACACGACUGCAGCAACUGCACCGCAUCUUUUAGCGGGGGAAUAUAUCUUGUAGUGAACUGUGUUAAACACGAGGUCUCUCUGGUAUGUGCUGAAACCAGGUUCUUCCAAGAUUUUCCAAAAACGCUUAACGAGGGUUGGCUAUACUAUAAUGUUAGGGCUUUUUGUCAAUUUAGGGGAGGAGGAUUUUAAAUUUGUGAAUUAGGAGUUGUGAAAAAGAUAUUUGUUAAGUGCCGCCAUGAUUAAUAGGGCCAGUCUUGGCACUAGGUAUUUAGAUAUUUUUUUUUUACUAGGUAUUUUUUUUUUAAAUUGUGGUCAGGCACUACUUAAAACGGCAUCAGACUAUAAUUUAAUUUUUUAUUUUUAAU